AUGAGUUACGACAAAGAACUGGCCGGGCUGAUGGAUCUCAGCGGAGAAGACAGCGAAUCCGAGUUCGAGACUUUGUCGCUGACGUCCGGGCGCGAGUCACGUGACUAUGACGAGUUUUCCGAGUACGACAAUGGGGAUAACAUUGUGAUUGGGGGAGGCAAGGCUCGUCCUGCCCAUGCGUGUGUCUACUGUGGCGAGAGCUCUCCGGCGUCGGUUGUGCGUUGCCUGACCACCAACAAGUGGUUCUGCAACGGCAAGGGUGGCUCUUUGAACUCCUCCCACAUUGUCGCUCAUCUUGUCAAGUCUCGAAACAAGACUGUGGCUCUUCAUCCGGACUCCGAGGUCGGAUCGGACGUUCUGGAAUGCUACAAUUGUGGCAACGAGAAUGUUUUUGUGCUUGGGUUUGUCACUGCCAAGCUGGAAAACGUGGUUGUGCUUCUGUGUCGCCACUGCAUCCAGCGGUCGCCCAGUGACGCCAACUGGGACAUCCGGGAGUGGCAGACGCUGAUCGAGGACCGGCAAUUCUUGCCGUGGCUAGUGCCCAUUCCGCGGCGAAGCGAGUCACGUGUCACCAUGGCUGAUGUGAUCAAGGCCGAGGAGGCCUGGAAGACAAACCCGUCUCUUUCGUGGGAAGAGGCUCUCUUGGGUAACCAGGAGGAGCAGGACGAGGAGGAGGAGAUUGCCGAGGUCAAGGCCACUUAUGAAGAUGCAUAUGAGUACCAGCGGACGUAUGGACCUCUUGUCAAGAUCGAAGCCGACUAUGACAAGAACAUGAAGGAGUCGCAGCGUCAGAGUGGACUCACAGUCAGCUGGAACCGGGCCCUCAACAACAAUUACCUGUGCACCUUUUAUCUGAAUCUCUACGAUUUGACCGGAACCAAAAUCACCGUUGGCGAUGAAGUCAAGUUGUAUUUUGAAGGUUCGGAGUCCUCUUCUACGCCUCGAUGGAGCGGCACGGGAAUUGUUGUCAAGACCCCGGACAACUUUUCCGAGGAAGUGACGCUUGAAAUCAGAAAGGGAGGCGACGAAAAGCAAAUCCCCACAGGAGAAUCGCAUCCCUUUGCUCUGGAGUUUGUCUGGAACGAUAUCACGUAUCGACGGAUGCAGCAGGCCCUCAAACUGUUUGCCACAGACGAUUAUUCCGUGUCCGGUUACAUCUAUCACAAUCUGCUGGGUCACGACAUUCCCGAAACAUUUCUGGAUGUUCCUCUUCCCGAGCAAUUCAGUAUCUCGGGGUUCAACGAACUGAACGUGUCCCAGGUGAAUGCAGUCAAGCAGGUGCUUAGACGACCAUUCUCCUUGAUCCAGGGACCUCCCGGAACAGGUAAAACUGUGGUUUCCACCACCAUCAUCUACCAUCUCGCAAACAUUCGACGCCAGAACCCAGAGAAGGGUUCCAAGAUUCUCGUUUGUGCACCGUCCAACGUGGCGGUGGACCAGCUGGCUGAACGAAUCGCGUCUACUGGAAUCGAUGUGCUGCGACUCACCGCUAGAUCACGUGAAUCCAUGUCUUCCUCUGUCGAGCACCUGACCAUUCAGCAUGCUCUACGACACGGAGAUCACGGGUUCACUCGUCUUCAGAAGCUGUUUGAGCUCAAGGACGAACUGGGUGAGUUUUCUGCUGCUGAUGAGAAAGAAUUUGCAAAGCUCGAGAAGAAGGCCUCCGAAGCCAUUAUUCGAAAAGCCGAGGUCAUUUGUUGCACGUGUUCCACCGCAGGAAACUUCAAGCUGCAAAACUUGACUUUUUCGGCCGUUCUCAUCGACGAAGUCACCCAGGCAUCGGAGCCCGAAUGUCUCAUUCCCCUGGUCCACGGCUGCAAACAGGUUGUAUUUGUCGGAGAUCACCAGCAGCUGGGACCCGUCAUUCUCAACUCCAAGGCCGCCAACGCGGGACUCAACAAAUCUCUGUUUGAACGACUCAUUCUCAUUGGCCACGUGCCCAUCCGGCUAAUGGUCCAGUACCGAAUGCACCCGUCUCUGUCCGAGUUCCCCUCCAACAUGUUCUACGAGGGCUCGCUGCAGAACGGUGUCACCACUGCCUCCCGUGUGCUCAAGUACGUCGACUUCCCCUGGCCCCAGCCGCAACACCCCAUGCUGUUCUGGUCCAAUCUCGGCCAGGAGGAGAUUUCCGCCUCUGGAACGUCUUUCCUGAACCGAACCGAGGCCGCCAACUGCGAGCGAAUCGUCACCAGACUGUUUAAAUGUGGCGUUGCUCCGGACCAGAUCGGUGUAGUCACUCCUUACGAGGGCCAGAGAGCCUACGUGACCCAGUAUAUGGUAUCCAGUGGCUCAGUGGACGAAGCCAUGUACAAGGGAGUUGAGGUGCAGUCUGUGGACGCUUUCCAGGGUCGAGAAAAAGAUUUUAUCAUUCUAACCUGUGUGCGAUCGUCCAAAACGGGCGGUAUUGGGUUCCUGUCCGACCCCCGACGUCUCAAUGUGGCUCUGACGCGAGCUAAGUACGGAUUGAUCAUUCUUGGUAACCCCCAUGUCCUGGCUCGACAUCCUCUGUGGCUGCAUCUCAUCACUUACUUCCGAAGUAAGCGGUGUCUUGUUGAAGGUCCGCUGUCUGCUCUGCAGCCGUGCAAUAUCCAACUGCCCAAGCCUCGGCCCUGGAGAGGAAAUAACCGGUUUGACAGGAAGGAAAAGAACACCGCUUCGGUUGCCGGCGACGAUUACUCAGUUGCCUCCUCUAACGUACUGUCAGAGAUCAACAACGACGCCGACGAGCAGUUUCACGACGGCUACUCGAGUGUAUUUACCGGAGGGGGCUACCAGGUGGUUGAUACUUGGGGCCAAGAGAAUUCCGGGGAGACGUCAAUCUCAGAGUCCUUGUCGCAAAGACUGGAUCAGAUUUCCCUCGAAGAUAAGAAGAGCAGUUUCUUUCCAAUGAGAUAG